AUCAGCAACAGGCUCCAGCAGUCCCAUCACCUCAGCAGCAACAUCAGCAUCAUUCGCCUGCUCUACCUGCUCCACACGAAUCAUCUCGUGAUGUUCCUAUGGCUCCUGCGCCUGGCAGUGAGCCGUCACGCACGCACGACGAGCACAAAGGGCAAGAACAGGCGCCAUCACAGGCGUCUCAACCACCGCAGCAAGAAGCCCACCGUGAGCAGCGGGAACAGGAGCAUCCUCCAGAAUCUGCAAAGGAGACGGCCCCUGCAUCACCAGCACAGAAAGAGCCAGCGACUCGGCGGGUGGAUGAAGAUUACGAUGAAAGUGCAGCAAACACACUGUUAAGUAUGGGUGGUAAUGCCAGUGGCGAAUAUAAUCAACAGCAACAGCAACAACAACAACAACAACAAC